AUGUCGGCCCUCGUCAGCAUGAGCUCGAACACGACCGAGGCGACCUGCGACAAGAAGCUCGAGGAGGGCGUCGGCCGCACCGUCGCCGCGACCGACUCGCCGCUCGCGGCCAUCUCGGAGGAGGACGGCGACGAGGGCGCCAAACUCGCUGGAGACGUCGCAGUCGAGUAUACUGAGGAGGAGGAGAAGGCAGUGCGGCGCAAGGUCUUCAUUCGUAUCGUACCUCUGCUGGCGGCCGUCUACUUCUCGCAGUUCCUCGACAAGGGCUCGGUCAACUACUCGGCCGUCAUGGGCCUCCCGUUGGCGUCGAAAGGCGUCGAGUGGAAUCUGUCCGUGAUGGCGUUCUAUAUCGGCUUCGUCAUCUUCGAGAUCCCUCAAGCUCUACUCGCUCAACGGUUACCGAUGGCCAAGUGGCUGGGCUUCAACAUCUGCAUUUGGUCAGGCGCCCUGUGGCUCCAUUCGGCGACGUCGCUCUUCGCGCCCUUCUUUGUGUUCCGAAUCGUCCUCGGCGCCGCAGAAUCCGUCGUCAGCCCAGUCCUUAUCGCCAACGUCGCGGCGUGGUUCAAGAAGGACGAGCAGGCGACCGUCGUCGGCCUGUUUUAUGCCAUGAACGGAGUGGCUACCGUUGUUGGAGGCGCUCUCAGCUACGGCCUGAACGAGUAUGAGGGUUCGGUGGCCAGGUGGCGCCUCAUCUACUUCGUCCUCGGGGCCAUGGCCACGGUCGUCGGCGUCGCCGUCCUCAUUUUCCUCCCCGACUCUGUCUCCUCGGCCAAGUUCCUCACGCCUCGCGAACGGCAGAUCGCCCUCGAGCGCGUGCGCAGCAACCAGUCGGGCACGAUCUCGCGGCGCUGGAAGAAGGUCCAAGCUCUCGAGGCCUGCCGAGACCCCAAGGUCUGGCUCCUUUGCGCGCUCAUGUUCGUCAUCUCGGUCCCGAACGCCGCCAUCACGUCCUUCACGUCGAUCCUCAUCAAGAGCUUUGGAUACUCGUCGUCCGAGGCGCUCUUGUACAACAUGCCGUCCGGCGCCGUCCAGCUCGUCACCACUCUCACGAUCGCAGUCUGGGCCGACAAGCGGCGCGUGCGCAUGCUCCCUUUCAUCGGCGCCGUCAUCCCCUCAAUCAUCGGCUUCGCGCUCCUCCUCGCCUACUCAAAGUCGGGCAGUACCAAGGAGCACAAGACCGUCCUACUCGUCGGCGUCUUCCUGUCGCAGACCUUCGUCUCCUCCCUCUCCCUCCUCUUCUCGUGGUCGGCGUCCAACAUCGCCGGGUCGUCGAAGCGUUCGGUCGUCAACGGCGCCCUGCUCGUCUCGUUCGCCGGCGGCAACAUCUGCGGCUCUCAAGCUUUCCAGCAGAGCACGGCGCCUCUCUACCUGCCGGGCAAGAUCACCCUCUUUGUCCUCCUCGUUCUCCUCGUCCCCCUCGCGCUCGUCCUGCGGUGGUACACGCUCCGCCUGAACCGCAAAAAGGCCGAGCAGGUCCGUGCGCUCGUCGAGGCGAACGGCUGGACCGACGAGGACCUGCAGCGGGAGAAGGACGCGAUGGCUUUCAAAGACGCGACCGACUCGGAGAACGUGUUCUACGUCUACGUCUGCUGA